AGUCUGAGCCUAGCCUUGGGUUGAAGAGGAUUGUAUUUGGGAGCUCAAAGGGGGAAAAAAAAAAAAAAAGAGGAAAAAAAAAAGGAAAAAAAAAACCCAGAGAGGGAGGGGUAAAUCGUAUAUGUAGAUAGAGGUUUCCAGGCUCGGUUUUGGGGGCAUUGGUCUUUUUUUUUUUUUUUUGGUCUUUUUUUUUUUUUGAUGGAUAGACUUCGAAAUAUCUCAAGCUGUUCUCCUGUGUCCAACACGUCCCUUUGCAGAUCUCCUUGAUAUUUUUCCCUCCAAUUAUUAGUAUUAUCACCAUUAUUUUAUUUUUAGCUAUUACAAGACUUUUUUUAUUUCCAGAUGUUAGUCCACACCUAUUCCGCCAUGGACCGGCAUGAUGGAGUGCCCAGCCACAGUUCCAGGCUGUCCCAGCUGGGAUCCGUCUCCCAGGGACCCUACUCCAGCGCUCCUCCGCUCUCUCAUACCCCAUCCUCGGAUUUCCAGCCGCCUUAUUUCCCACCCCCCUACCAGCCUCUUCCUUACCACCAAAGCCAGGACCCUUACUCCCAUGUCAAUGACCCCUACUCCCUAAACCCCUUGCAUCAACCCCAGCAGCACCCCUGGGGACAGAGGCAGAGGCAAGAGGUGGGAUCAGAAACCGGGUCACUGCUGCCACAGCCUCGGGCAGCCCUGCCCCAGCUCUCGGGACUGGACCCCAGGCGGGACUACCACUCAGUAAGGAGGCCAGAUGUCCUUCUGCACUCAGCUCACCAUGGCCUUGACUCCGGCAUGGGGGACAGCCUUUCUCUGCACGGCAUCGGACACCCAGGGAUGGAGGAGGUCCAGUCAGUUGAAGAUGCCAAUAACAGCGGUAUGAACUUAUUGGACCAGUCUGUCAUUAAAAAAGUUCCGGUUCCUCCAAAAUCUGUUACUUCUUUGAUGAUGAAUAAAGAUGGCUUCCUGGGUGGAAUUUCAGUCAAUACCGGAGAGGUGUUUUGCUCUGUACCUGGCCGCUUGUCUUUGCUUAGUUCAACUUCAAAGUAUAAAGUAACUGUGGGAGAAGUUCAAAGACGCCUUUCUCCUCCAGAGUGUCUGAAUGCAUCCCUCCUAGGAGGAGUACUUAGAAGAGCCAAAUCGAAAAACGGGGGGAGAUCUUUGCGAGAAAGGCUAGAAAAAAUCGGUUUGAAUUUACCAGCCGGCAGGCGUAAGGCCGCAAAUGUCACUUUACUCACCUCCCUGGUGGAAGGUGAGGCCGUUCAUUUAGCUCGGGAUUUUGGGUACAUCUGCGAAACGGAGUUCCCAGCCAAAGCUGUUUCUGAGUACCUGAACAGACAGCACACGGACCCCAGCGACCUCCACUCCAGGAAAAACAUGCUGCUUGCUACAAAGCAACUUUGUAAAGAAUUUACAGAUCUCUUGGCCCAGGACAGGACACCCAUUGGAAACAGCCGGCCCACCCCUAUUUUGGAACCGGGCAUUCAGAGCUGCUUGACUCACUUCAGCCUCAUCACUCACGGCUUUGGGGCCCCCGCUAUCUGCGCUGCCCUCACGGCCCUUCAAAACUACCUGACUGAAGCUCUCAAAGGCAUGGACAAGAUGUUCUUGAACAACAACACUGCUAACAGGCACACAUCUGGCGAAGGACCAGCUUUGCCCGCUUGGCUUAUGAGCUUCUUCAAAGAGGACUAGAGAUCCCUACACAAUAUAUCAGGUACAGAGAAAAAAAAUCCACAAUUCUGAUAUUCUGAUACUUUUUUCUUUUUUUUUUUUUUUUGCUUUUUCAAAUCAAAGCCAGUUGUUUCCGAAUUCUGUAGGUGCACUUCUUUAAAGAAGCUCAAAGGGAAUAAUUUGAAUGAGAGAAAAAAAUAGAAGUUGAAAUCGAGGUGUAAUAUCGCAAAGAAAAUAAGAGCUGUGUUGAAUGUUACCACACUUGCUUGGCACUAGGCUUUUGUACCCAGGGAGGAAAGGGUUGCCAUGUGAGCUGGCUCCUCGUGAUGGGAGUGGGGAGGGCUUGCCAGGGAAUAUCCUGAUUUCUAAGCUCAGUCUGAGGAAAUCUGUUUCUCUUAGAAAGCUUUUUUUUUUUUUUUUUUAAAAAAAAGUCUUGUGACUCUUGCUUUAGAACAAGUCGGUGUGGUAGGGGGAAAAAAACUUCUUAACUCCAAUGUUUUUCUCGGUGGUUUGGUGUGUGACAGGAUGUCUUUUGCAUAUGAUUUGGGGGGGGUGUGGAGGGGAAGUCUGAUUUCUUUCCUUUUUUUUUUUUUAUUUUCCCCACAUACAUUUCUUUGUCUUCUGUGGUAAAAAUAAUGCUGAAGUGUAAGGAUAUGAAUUUCUGUUUGGAUUCUGCCGUAUUGGGUAAUUGCAUGGGUUUCUCAGUGGGGUAGGUUUCGUGCACUAACACAUCUUUUUGCUUAUGUCAGAACAGUUACUGGGUGUGGGUAAAUAUCCUGGAGUGACUGGCAAAAACUCCAGUGGGGUCAGUCUCCAUCCCCCCCAGGAUCCCUGUUAAAGCAGCAGCACUCAAUCCCCCCCCAAGCAGGCACACCUGAACGCAGAACGAGGAGGGAGAGAGAGACAAAAGAGAAGCCUUAGCCUUGGUUUAGUUUCUAGAUACCUUCCAAAGCGGAUGGUGGGGGAGAACUAAUUCAGCGAUACUCUCCACAUCCCCCAACAAAAUUUUUCUUAAAAGAAAAAAGCAAAUGAGCCUCUUGUCACCCUUAGUGUCCUUAGCUAUCUGGGAAAUUGUUACAGCUGAGGGCCUGCUCUGCUUUUCAAAUCUUUGUGCAGCAAGCAAAGGUCUCGGCUCUUGUCCCCUACCUGUGAGUUGGACAGGUGUGUGGCAAUAGAAACCCAGGAAUCAUCCAGCCCCAAGGAGCACUGACCCCUCUGGAGCUGCUCCUCGGUCGUGUACCUCUGGUUCUUCUGGGACAGAGAACCGUGGGGAAUCUCACGUGAGAAAAAGGGGAAACUGAGAAAGACAGCCUUCUCCAUGGGCUGCUGGGGCGAGUUGGAGGUAGUCUUUGACCUCAGCAGGUCCCUGGCAGCAGGUUUGGCAAUUGGCACGCCCCUGCAGAUGUCACCAGAGGAGGUGUGCAUCCCUAGGUGAUGUAGAUCUCAUGGAUCCCCCAUUAGUAGGUUGGGGACCCUCGGAUUGAAGAGCAGCCCCCAGACAGCCGCUGGUCCUCCAAAGCCCACCCCUUGCCAACGACCCCCACUUUCAGCAGGCUCUGGGGAAGGACAAUCCAAGCUCCAGUGCAGGGCAUGUCCCAGCAGUGAUAUGCGGGAAAGGGAAGAAGUACGUGUGUGUGUAUCUGGGGAGGAAUGAAUGGCACCACCUGAAAGCACAUCUCCCUUCUUUGCCUGAUGAUAAUAUUCUGUUUAUUGAAGCAGAGCACAAAGCGUUGAACAUUGCUUUGCCUGCCCUCUGCAAAAAGCCUUUGUGAGGAGCCCAUGGGCCAGCCCUCCAGCAUCACCCAGCCCAGUGGGGUUCCUGGGUGUGAGGAGACCCCAAAUUAGCUCUCAGUCUUCCACCUCCCCAGCUGCACACGUAGGGAUGUGGGGACCUGCUCCCUGCCACCCCAGAGCUUCCAGCUGAAGGCUUUGGUGGAGGUGGGUGUUGGGGAUGGUCCUUCCUUGUCUUUGGGGGGGAUCUUGAGGAUGCUCCUUUUAACUGUGGAAGACAGUAUCCCACCAUCACUGUGAGUUAAUGAGGAGAGGGAACCACUUGCAACUUCUUGGAGAAAGACCUGCACACACAGGUGCACAUGCACACGCAUGUGUGAGGGCCUGAUCCUGCUGCUGCUGAAAUCUCCCCUAGGCACAGGUUUGGUGACCUGGACUGGGACCUAAACCUUGAGAAGGUUGAGGGAAGGAUUUCAGUUGACUCCUGGCAACUUUGGAUCUGCCCCUCGUGCCUUCUACCUGGAAGAGACAGACUGCAAGUGCCAGGUUGUGCUUUGCUCAGGUGAAAUAAAGCCAAAUGUAAAAUUCCCAUUGAUUUCAGUGGGAUGCCCCUCAAUUGCUCCCCAAAGUACGGAGGCAAAAUCCACGAGGUUUCUGAUUUAAAUGCAAACAGGGAGAAAAAGUGGCAUAGGAGUAUAUCCAUCUCUGUUCUUCCCCCUAGCCUAGUGCUGGUACCAGAGGGAACAAUCCAUUGCUCCGUGGCUCCUAUCGGUGCUGAGGACUGAGGUUCCCCCAAAAAUUAAACUCAGCCUCCCGCUGGAAAACAUUUUCCUGCUCCCCUGCACUUUCCCAGCCCGACUACUUGUGUUGGCGGGGCACCUCAGACGUUUAUCUGAUAAUUGAGUUAUUAAAAGAUUUGGUUUCCUCGGGAUCAUAAAUCAAUAAACAGGAGGAUUAACACGGCAGCUUUGCUUUUUAACUCAAGGGAAAAGUUUGAGGAGAGACCGUGAAAAGUUUGUUUUCAAACCAAACAGGUGGGUUGCUGUAAAUUUUAUUUCAUUCUUAAUCCCACUUUUUUUUUUUUAAUAACAAUUCUCUAUUCUCCAUUGAAAGAUCUUGUUAGAUCUUUGUUUUCCUACGCUCCCUGACUUUUUUUUUUUCUUUGUUCUUUUUUUCCCCGUGUUGUUAUUCACACAAGGUGUGAAGGAAACAAGAAGCCAAUUUUCUGGGAAUCCUUUUACAACCCGAUGAUUUCUUUAAAAUCGGGUCAUGUCUUGUCCCACCUAAUAGAAAUUCUCUGUGAGAAGCUGUUUCAAGUCCCUUUGCAUCCCAGACCAAUCUCCCCCAAAAUCCCCAAAUUUGCAUUUGGGGCUGGGAGGCAGGGGGUGUGUGGGGGGGUGUGAGGAUGGUUUUAAGACCUUUAGCUGUGCCCAAAGGGCUUAUUCCCUUCCCCUGCUCAUCUCUUUCUGACCGGUUUAUCACGCAGACCUGUUUUAAUACGUUUCUCGGAGAAUUUGGUGCUCGUUUCAGCUGCCGUAAGCAUUGCCAGAUCGAUCCGGCCAAACUCCCCCUCCCCUCCGGCUUCCCUGGGUGAGAGAGACCGUAGGCUUUUUACAAAUAGUAUAUUUUCUUAUACAAAGGGAAAAAGUAAAAGAAAAUAUCCCCAAAACACACUGGCAAACGCCUGAACAUUUCGAGAGAGACGAAACAUUGUGUGCCAGCGAGAAAUAAAGGAAAAAAAAAAAACCAACAAACCCCAAACAAAUGCAAAGCUCUGAAAAAAAAAAACGAAUGAGAAACUGGAAAGAUGAAAGAAAAAGAAAAUAAAAAUUCUCCUUUUAUGCCCCAGACGAUCCCUUUCACCUCCUCUUCUUGAAAAAUCUGACCAUGCAUUGAGAAAUAUCAGUUUAUCGACUCUUCCUGAGAAGACAUGCGGAGAGGCAUUCAGUAUUGAGUUUGUAUAUAUUUAUUUAUGCUUAAUUUAACGGGAAUGUGUAAAUAUGGCGAGCAAGUAGUUUUUGGGUUAUUUAUCUGUGAAUCUAUACCUCUGUGAACGGGUGGGGGAAUUUAAAAACAAAAAGUAAAAAAAAAAACCAAACAAAAAAGAAAAAAACAAAACCAACAAAAAAAAAUCCCGCUUGACUAGAUAGUAUCCUAUCUGAAUCUUUUCUGUUCUUUAUAGACAAGCUGUUAUGGUAAUGGGUAGAAAUUGGUUUCUUGUCCAGUGAUGACCUGAUUUACAUAAAUAAUAAGAAUAAGAAUAAAAAAAAAAGAGAUUGUUGUGUUUUGUUGUAUUUUCCUCUUCAGUUUUUUUGAAUGUUGGUGCUGCUUCGAUUCUGCAGACGGAUUUACUUAUAACGCCAAGAAGUCUUUAUUUUCCCAAUCUAGGCUUUGG